GUGAAUACCUAGCCUCAAAAUACUAUAAAUUUAACUAUUAAAAUUUUUUAUAAAAAAAAUCUUAACAUUAAUAUUAAAAUUUUGUUAUUAUAUUAUAUAAAUAAUUCAAUUUUAAUAGUAAAUAAAAUAUAAAAUUAUAUAAAAGAAUAAUAUCAAUAAAAAAUAUGUUGAUGUGAUGUAAUUAUUAGAAGUUAUCACUAAUAAUAUAGUUUAACAUGUUAAUAAUAAAUUAGAUAUUAGUAACUUUUAACAAAAAAUUAUAAUUUCCAAUUCAAAAAUAACCGUGCAUCAUCACCCUAGUCAACAAUCUAGUAAUGGAUAAUAGUUAAAUCAUUUAGGUGCAACGGUUUUAAUUAAAAAAAGUGAAAUAUAUUCUAAAAUUUUGAGUUUGGUGAUCUCAUAAACCAUAAGAAAGGAAACCUAAGAAUUUAUUUUACACACAACCAAUCACAUAAUUUUAAUUAAUUAAAAAAUAAAUUAAGAAUUUUCUCUCUCCUUCAUAAUCUCAACCACCCCAUGAAUCCAAUUAAAAAGAAAAUUAAAAUAAAAAUAAAUUAAAAAUUACUAGCUUCUUAUUGAUUGUGUCUAAGAAUAUAGAUUUAUGACCGUGUCCAUUCAAGAAUUGCUCCUUUCCCCUGCUACUCCAAUUCCACUUCCUCGCCGCAUAUGACGUCUUCACAUCAACCCAUUCCAACGGCUGAUAGAGUCAGCGACCUGCCGGAUUCAACUCCGCCUGAUAGAAUCAGCGGCUUGCCGGAUUCAACUCUCUGUCAUGUACUCUCUUUUCUGUCAACCAAACAUGCUGCAACCACAAGUGUGCUCUCAAAGAGAUGGAAACCUCUAUGGCUCUCUGUCUUCACCCUUGAUUUCGACGAAACAGCCUUCAGAUUUUCACCCUCGAGAAUUUUCUCUGCUAUGCACUCGACAUUGCACCAGCGAGACAUCGCCCUACCAAUCCAUUCGUUUCGCUUCAUAUAUCAUCAGUAUUCUCUUUGCUACCAAAAUGAUAUCAAUCUAUUUAUUGAGUUCGUCCGAGAUAGAGGAGUACAAAAUUUCACUCUCAACCUAAUCGUUCCAGUUUGCGGUCCACCAUCAAUUGAAUUACCUCGUAGCAUUCUCAAUUGCGAGACACUAGAAGUUCUUAAGCUGAAGGGCAUUAAGAUUGGAGAUAUUUCUCAUAUGCAGGAUUUACCUCUACCCAAGCUUAAAACUCUCCAUUUGAAAGACGUACUUUUUGAAUGUAAUCAACAACUCUACAAUCUUUUAUUACGAUGCCCGCUUCUACAGGAUUUUGAAUCAAAACACAGUAUCAAUAUCGAAGACAAUAAAAACCUUCAUCUCCUAGAAACUUAUGAGGCCUUACCUAAUUUGAUCAAAGCUAAGUUAAAUGAUGAUCUUAUAAGAUGUCCGUUGAGUAUGCUUCGUAACACAAUCAUUUUGUGUGUAGAUAUGAGUAAGCGUUUAUGUUUCUUCGGCAAUCUUGUCUUGUUACGCACUAUUCCCACGUUUCAAAGAAUGACUCACUUGGAGCUUAACUUUAAAGAUAUCGAUUGGUUCGACAGAUGCAUCUGGUUGUUAGCAAUACUCAAACAGUCUCCCAAACUUCAAAUUCUUAUUAUUCAGGAUACUGGAGUUCUAGAAGAGAGGAAUGGCAUAUGCUGGAAGGAUCCCCAAAUUGCUCCAAAAUGUCUUUCAUCAGAACUUAAAUCUUGUUGCUUUAGUGGUUACAGAGGCACCGGCUGGGAUUUCAAAUUUGCAAAAUAUAUAAUAGAGAAUUCAAAAGUACUCAACACUUUGACAAUUCAUAGUAAAUGUUCCAUAGGUAUGAAUAAGGACCAAAUGUUAGAUGAUUUAUCUUCAUGCACAAGGGCCUCUACAACAUGCAAACUUUUAUUUGAUUGAUUUUCAAGGCUACGCCAUAUCAGCAAUGGAUCCUACAUAUGCAACGAAUGUGAUGGUUUGAAAGACUUGAAGUUUAUUUCAAAUUUUCCUCUAUAUCCAGUUUCACGUUUUCAUGUAAUUUGGGGAUUCUAGAUGCUCUUCACUUUAUUUUUUAAUUUUUGUUAUUGGUCAUUGUUUUAAAUUUGGAAUUAUAUCAGUUUUUGUUUAUUUGUCAUUGUUUCUCAAGUUUGCUAAUGGUGUAUUUUCUCUCU